UGCAGUCCGUCACUGGUACCCCUGACUGCAACACAGCCUCCAGUGAGUCCAUCGACAGGAUUUCAACAGGAUUGAUGCCUCCCCUGGCUUUUCGGUGAGGAGGACAGGACAGCAGGACAUCCUUUUUGGCCUAUGGGAAUAUUCAACAGUUUACAACGAGAGGAGAAAUAACAACAUAGUAUUUUCUAAGAAAGCAGGGAUUUUUUUUCUAACACACUCCUUCCCAACUACUGGCACUACAGACAUCCAGUUUCUCUUUUCUUUCUUUUUUUUUCUUCUCCAGCCUCGCCUUUUAUUUUUUUUAACCCAGCUUUCAGGCAACUAUGUCCAGGAGGAAAGUAAGGGGUUUGACCCGUACAGGCCGCCAGGUCAGUGAGGACCCGGACCUGGACAACCUGCUGUCCACACUGUCCCCUGAGGAAAUGGAGGAACUGGAGAAGGAUAUGAUGAAGGUCCCCGACCUUGACCCGACUGAAGGUAAGAUCGUUGACCAUGGUGAGAGCCAAACGACGCCGCCUGUGACCAACAACGUCCAGGACGCCCGACGAGAGAGUGACCCUAAAGGGAGGCUCAGUCUGAGACAGCAGUCAUUUGAGGGUGAGCCGAGGAAGGAGAGCCGGAAGCAGGAAUACCUGAGGAAGAUGGGCCUGAGUCAGGAGGGGAAUGACGACAACAGAGUUGGGUUACAGAGGCAAGCUAGUAUCUCAAGUGAACGAGACAUUAGGAGGGAGGAAAGAAACAGUAAAGGACCUGAAUUCUCUAAGGAGGAGCGGGUCCGGCUCUCUGGUAGAUACACUAAGCAGGACAGCCGGGAGAGUGAUGCCGUUAAAGAGGAAACCAAAGACAAAGAGAAAUGUGGGGACAGCAAGCUAAAAGACAGGAGGGAGAAUAGAGAGAGCAUUGGUAACAAGACGAAAGACAUGAUCUCCAAGUUACAGGAGAAAAAAGAUGACAGCAGAGAGAAAGAGAGAAAGGAAGACAGCAGAAAAAGGGAUGACAGCAAAACUAAGGACAUUAUCUCAAAGCUGCGAGUGAAGAGUGAAAAGGAGGUAGGCAAGGAGAAAGAAAGAAAGGAGGACAUCAGAACGAGAGGCCUCGUCUCCAAAAUGGUGGAGAAGCAGAGCAAAGUCCAAGAGAGUCAGGUUCAGGAGAAUAAACCAGAGGAGAGGAAGCCUAAAGUAGAAGAGAGAAAAGCUGAAGAUAAAGACAAGCCAAAUUCAAAACUUGAGCGGCAAAAGUCUGAGAAGAACGAUAGUGACAUACAAGUGAAAGAUGAAAAGUUGGAAAAAAGGAAAGCGAACGAUGAGGAGGGAAAGCACAAUGGCAACGUGAAAGAGAGGCAGGCAAAGGCUAGUGCAGAGAAAAAAGUUGAGGAGAAUAAAAUGGAAAGAGAGGACAUUAAACGGAAAGUUGCAAACAAGGAAGGGUCAAAACCCAACAAGGCAGAAGGAACCGAAAAAGUUGGCAACUGUGUCGCCAGCAAGAGCCCCAACAGCAAGGCAAUGGAAGAGGAGGAGGAGGAUGAAGAUUCCAGUAUGUUUGAUGAGUUGAUGGAACAAGUUCGAGACAAUGACCCCUCUCUGCUCGAGCUCAACGUCAACAACUCAGAGGUUAUCAAGACUAAAACACUCAUUCAGUUUGCGGAGGCCCUGCAUAACAACACCCAUGUUAAGACAUUCGCCCUGGCCAACUGCCGGGCUGACGACCACGUGGCUUAUGCCAUAGCUGGCACCCUGCGUAGCAACAAGACAAUCACCAGCAUCAACCUUGACUCCAACCAUCUCACCGGCAAGGGCAUCAUCUCCCUUAUUCAAGCACUGCAGCACAAUGCCACCCUGACGGAGCUGCGCUUCCACAACCAACGGCAUAUUUGCGGGGGGAAGACGGAAAUGGAGAUGACCAAGAUUCUCAAAGAAAACACCACCUUGCUUAAGCUGGGAUACCAUUUUGAGUUGGCCGGGCCCAGAAUGACCAUGACUAACAUAUUAAGUCGCAAUAUGGACCGGCAGAGACAGAGACGUCUGCAGGAGCAGAAGCAGGCCCAGGCUAAUGGAGAGAAGAAGGAGACACUAGCGGUACCUAAGAUGAGCAGUGGAGGCUCUCUAAGAGGCUCACCCAAGGCCUCCCCCAAACCGUCUCCUAUGCCCUCCCCCAUGCCCUCGCCAAAACCAUCACCAAAGCUCACUCCAAAGAGGGGCACAGGAGGCCCAGUGCCACCCCCGCCUCCACCUCCUCCUGGGGGUGGACCACCACCGCCCCCUCCUCCCAUGCUGGAAUUGGACUCCCUGAGGAACUCCCUUACCCCAGUGUCACAGAGAAAGCGGGAUGGAAAAGCUGGCAGUAAGAGCUCGCGGGACCAACUACUUGCCUCUAUCAGGGGAAGCAAUAUUGACCAGCUCAAGAAGGUUCCAGUGCCGAAGUGGUUGCAGUAAUGGUCUCAUUGGAAUAGAGAGCUAGACAAAAGAACAAGGGAGAGCUGACAUCUCACCAUAGGUCUUAAAAAAAAACUCGCUUACGGGCUGUGAUAAAACCGUACUGUGGGAUAUAUGGGGACAGGGCAAGGAAAAAGUGAGAAAGUGAGACAUGACAUGUUCACUUGUUUGCUGAGUAGCCCUCACUAUGAGUUCUCCCCUCAAACACUGGACCAAAAAGACAUUAUGGAGAAUAACCAAUUCAAGGGGUCUCUAAUAGCCACGGUGGAGAGCGCCAUGAAUGAGUUGGUGUUCGUCUUAAGUUUCUAUUGACGCUUUGCCUGUUAUUUGCACUAGAUUAUACAAUGCAUAUAAUAUCAUAUAAUAUGUUGAUCUGUGCAUGUGGCUGAAUGUGAGUGUGUUGGGAGAGUUGGGGGAGCUUGGUAAGAGAUUGAAAAUAACUAUGAAUUCAUCUAUAAAAAUCAGUCAUAGAUAUAUUGGACGAUAAUUUGACCAUUUAUUUAUUAGUGGAGAGGAUAUCCACUUCAUGCUUGUCACUUGGAAUUCUGCACAAACUGGGAAUUCUGAAAUGGCAAAAAUAUCAGGGAAUUUGUAAAAGUUGGGGGGUUGACUUCAGAAAUUCACACCAACUGAGUAAGAAGAACAGCAUAAAACAGAGAAGUAAAAGAAGAUAAUUUGUGAUGAGUGUGCCUCAUUGCCAAAUCUCAAGACAUCUCAGGCAAGGUUUAACGCAUUGCUUAGCAGCCCAGUGACAUUCUGGUCUAUGAAAAAAGACUAGAAUGAAAGUGCUCUUUAGUUGUUUUUUUCUUUUCUUUUCUUACAUUAGGAAGUAGGAAUGGCUGGGGUUUUUUUUUUUUGGUUUUUUUUUUUUGGUAUAUUAUUCUGGGCUGGGUGAAUGAAUGUCUUAGAUAUUUUACAUCAUACAUCAUACAUGUCCCAAUGAUAGGGAUUUCUAAAAUUAUAACUGGUUUCUAUAAACCUUACGCAAGUCUUGUUGACUUAUUCCAUAUUUUUUAAGUGUCAUUUUCAAACUAUUCUAAUGUGAUUAAAAAAACAAUUUAGAUUGGCACUCUGCUGAUUACUGUUGUAACAAAGGGCUAUCUGUUAUGAAUACACAUGCCUUACUUACGGAGCCUGUAUGUCUUCAAUAAAAGAUAAUGGUAUGUUUGCAAUGGCAAGUCACCGAUGUAAUUCUUUAAACCUGGCUGAAAUCACUACACAAGGGAAAACAUUAUAAUUCACUUGGGAAAACAAAAUCUAUAAGCAUUUUUUUCAGUGUGAUAGCGAGGUUUAUUCCUGUGUUCUGUUUCGUUUGUCCGUCAUUGGCUUCACACUGGUUUAAUGUUGUGUAUGACGUUCCAUAAGGCUGCUUAGGAUACAAUAUUUCCAUUAUGCACAUCCUGUAUCAAAUCUGGAUGUUGCUAGAGCAACAUGUUCAUUUGGUGUGAUAUUAGAGUCAUAAAUAGAUUGGUGUUCAAAACCAAUAACACUGUGAAAACACAAUACGUUACCAUCUAUCCAUCCAUCCAUCCAUUAUCCAAACCGUUUAUCCUGCUCUCAGGGUCACAGGAUGCUGGAGCCUAUCCCAGCAGUCAUUGGGCGGCAGGAGGGGAGACACCCUGGACAGGCCACCAGGCCAUCGCAGGGCCGACAUACACACACACACACACACACACGCACACACGUACUCACACACACACAUUCACACCUAGGGACAAUUUAGUAUGGCUGAUUCACCUGACCUACAUGUCUUUGGACUGUGGGAGGAAACUGGAGCCCCUGGAGGAAACCCACGCAGACACGGGGAGAACAUGCAAACUCCACACAGAGGAUGACCCCCAAGGUUGGAUGACCCCGGGGCUCGAACUCAGGACCUUCUUGCUGUGAGGUGACCGCGAUAACCACUGCACCACCAUGCCACGGAUAAGACAUUAGCCUGUCAUAUAAAUGUUGUUCUUUCCUAGUUUUAAAAGUGUCACAUCCUUGCAAUGCUGGUGUAAAUUAUAUGAUAAAAUCACCAUCACACUGAUGUAAAAAUCGCACACCCAAGGAGUUCUUUUUCAUGUGCUUCUUCAUUUAAAAAGACUAACUGAAAACAGUUUUUGUCCCACCUGUAUCUAAAAGAACUUUGUAAAUUAUAUGGUGUCUUUGAAGCUGGAACAAAGCAGGGUAUAUGGCUUAUAUUAGUUAGUCCUUGAACAUGUGGUAUCUGACCUCUGCCUUGGAAUAUUCAUCGGGCCUAGACAAAUCAAGAGGCUGAAUCCAAUGGACUGAAGAUACAGGAAAGACAAAUAUGCUGUUCUCUUGCAAGGUACAAUUUGUAAUGUUUGUCUUUAUACAUGCUCAGUAUGCCAGUUUGCAUAUUAAACAAAUUGUUGGUUUUGGUCAUUAUGCAACUAGGCUGUUUAUAAGGUUGGGGGAUACCUGCAGUCAGUUGAGACUGAAGAAACGUUUCUCCCACUAAACGUUGUGUCCAGAUGAAUUGAUUCACCUUUCUGUGUUAUGUAAUGUUUAUUCCAGUGAAAUAUCUGUUUUCAAAUACUAAGUUGAGU